GAAUCAGCUCGUUUCCGCCGCGCGGCUACUGUGUGUUGUUUAAGGAGGAUUUGACGGCAGCUACAGUAAAGCGAGCUCGUGCAAAUACCUGGAAGCAUGAAGCAGUUGCCUUCUGAUACUGUGCGGCUGCUGUCGAGCACCCAGGUCAUCACUUCAGUGGUGAGCGUUUUGAAAGAACUGUUGGAAAAUUCCCUGGAUGCCGGAGCAUCAAGCAUUGACAUUAAACUGGAGAACUACGGUUUGGACCGGAUAGAAGUACGCGACAAUGGCCAUGGCAUUAAAGCUGCAGAUACUCCUGUUAUGGCCGUGAGACAUUUCACUUCAAAGAUCUGUAGCCAUGAGGACCUGGAGCGUCUGGAAACAUACGGCUUCAGAGGAGAAGCACUGGGCUCCGUUUGUGCUGUGGCCGAGGUAGCUGUCACCACAAAGACCGCAGUGGAUGACAUCAGCAUCCAGUACACGCUUAACUACACAGGGGAGAUUGUUUGUCAGAAGCCGUCUCACCUCGGUCAAGGAACAACAGUGAGUGUACUGAAGCUUUUCAAGAAUCUUCCAGUGAGAAGGCAGUACUAUUCUAGCAAGAAGUGCAAGGAGGAACUGAAGAAAGUACAAGACCUGCUCAUGGCAUAUGCCAUAAUCAAACCGGACCUGAGGCUCUCGCUCGUUCACAAUAAGGUGGUGGCUUGGCAGAAGGCCAAGGUGGCUGAUCACAGAAGUGCCCUCCUUGCUACACUGGGGCCCAGUGCUGUUGCCAACCUGCUCCCUUGCAACUUUCACCAAGAGCAACCAGAGAUCUCUUUAGAUGGCUUUUUUCCUAAGCCUGGAGCAGAUUACUCCUCUACAAGCUCAUGUAACCCUGACAAAACAUUUAUAUUUGUCAACAACCGGCCUGUCCACCAUAAAGAUAUAAUGAAGUUAUUGCGUCAACACUACACGGCUCAAUAUCCGGAUGACCCGACCCAAAAUCGUUAUCCCACCCUCGUGCUUAGAGUUGAUGUUCCACCCUCUUCAAUUGACAUCAACCUGACGCCGGACAAAACCAAGGUUCUACUUCAUAACAAGGAGGCUGUGCUCACUGCAGUAGAGGCAUUGCUGGUUUCUCUCUAUGGCUGUCAGCCUGGUCGUGACCCUUCAGCUGAGAAGCAGCUCGCCCAUGAGAUGCCAUCGAGUCCUUCGCAGACUGAUGCUACACGACGUGUCACUAAGCGAAAUGAAGAGAUGAAUGACACUGUCACCAACCACAAUGCUAAUGACAUUUCUCUGUCAACAGCAAAGGGCCCUGAUGCUCCACUGGAGCACCAGACGUCCAACAGCAGCUCUUCAUCUUCUGUAGCAGAGGACUGGAUUGUCAAACAUAUCCCAGCCGAGCUUGAGUUUAACUUCUCUCUUGAUGAUUAUGACAUGGCUCAGAGCUGCACUCGAACAGAAACACUUCCAGGGAGCACAUCACUGGAGAGACUUGAGGACAAUGUCGUUUCAGCAACAGACACAAGCAAAGACCAGUUAUCAGCUGAGGACUGGAGCCGCGGGACGGCUCUGACUGAUCCCUACUCACAAGAACCCCUGCAGCCUGUUAAAAUCCUUCAACCCUCAAAGCAAAAUCUUUCGGACUCGGAUGAGUUUAAAAGUCAAAGCAGCUCGAACAAAGAGAUGUUCAAUGCCAUAACAGAGAAACGGGAUGCUCUGACAGCCUACAACCUGAUCAGCAACUGUGCCAUCAGGCCACCGUUGUCUGCUGCCACCCUGUUCGAGAAGGAGGCCAGUGCUGAGCUCCUGGGGGAGGAACCCACGGCCAGCCUGCAGGAUAUCAGUGUCGCUGUUCAACAGAGGUGGAAAAAUCUGAGGGAGGAAGACCAUAAGAAGUAUGAGGAGAAGGCAAAAGCACACUUUGACCAAAGGACCAAACCGGUUUCUGCUGAAGGCCCCAGAGAAUCGAAUGUGAGCACCCCAAGGAGCCAUGUGCGCAGCAAGAAACGCAAGGCCCCACUGUCCAAUCAGCAGCUGCUGGACGAGCUCUUCUCUGCACAACCACAAAAGAAGAUGAAGAACCCUGCACCAAAGCCCUCCCAGCCCCUCCCCUGCAGCGUGGCUGCCCUUCGGCUGCAGCUUCAGCGCCUCUCAUCCCAGAGCCGUGCAGCGCCACGGGGCCUCCGUCUUGUAAACCGACUGGCCUCUCAGAGCGCCUGGGUCAUUUUAUGUGGUCAGAGGCUCAUGUUGUUAAACCCAUUUCGAGUGGAGGAAGCCUUGCUGUUUAAGAGACUUCUAGAGAAUAAUAUACUUCCAGCUGAGAGUCUGCAGAACCCUAUACAGUUAACAGAUGGAAAUCUAGGGGGAGCUGAAUAUACAGAUGUUUUGUGCAACAUGGAAAAACACAGCCCUGAGCUGAAUGGACGAGCCCUCUUAUCUGAUCCCAGGCUUGUUGCUAAUGGGUUUGAAAUCAAAGUCACUCCAGGCCUCACAUCAGCCGAGAGACAUCUGGAAGUGACGGCAAUGGCAGACUGCGUGCCUUUCCUCGGUGUGGAGGACCUCGGGGAGAUCCUAACUGCAGUUCUUCACAGGAAGGCCAGGACCGUGCGAGAGAGCCGGCCACUUAAAGUCACAAACUACCUGCAAGGUGAAGCAGUACGACUUGCCCGUCAGCUGCCUACCAAUUUAUCCACCGAAGACGUGGAAGACACACUUCUACGGAUGGAACAGCAGCUUGGUGAGAGCAGUAGGUCCUGCAUCCACGGAAGGCCAUUUCUCCAACACCUAUCUGAUAUUCCUUCCACAGAGCAGGAAGCUAGGGCUCUGUCGAGGCCUUUAGAGCUGUGAAAAGUAGACGCCUUAAUGAGAAACCACAGCAGCACAAUAUGACAGCUGUCUGAUUUCAAUGCAGCUCGUUACUCUCAGUGUAAGCUACUCGAUUUAUUUCCAUUCUCCUCCAAUGAUGUUUAACUUUCUUACAACUAGAAUAAAAGAAAUAUUUUUUUUUCCAAAAGUAA